AUGGUUGAAGUUUCGUUGACUGUAGGUAAGUUGGAUGCCUCUCUUGCAUUGUUGCUUACGAAGGAUCAUCAUCUUAUAGAGUUCCCUACUAUUCUUUUACCAACUGGAGUUAAAGCUGGUUCAAUUAUCAAAAUUAAAUGUGAUCAAGAUUUAGAAACUGAAGCUAAGGAAGCUAAACAAUUCCAAGAGAUACAAGAUGAAAUUCUUUCAUCUUUUGGAAAGAAUCUCCCACAACCACCGGUGCUUAAAUUGAAGAAUGUUACUCAAACACUGUGUGUAUUAGAGUGGGAUUCAUUAGAAUUAGGAACUGCAAGUUUAAAGAAUUUACUUCUUUUUAAAGAUGGUAAGAAAUUAGGAGCUAUUCCUCAACCACUUACAAAUAGAACCACCAAGUUAUCUGGUUUACCUAUUGAUAAAACAUUCCAAUUUCAAUUGAGAUUUGAUACCACUGCUGGGGUAUAUCCAUCAGAAGUAGUUGAAGUGACUACACAUAAGAUGACAGACUUAUCAGGGAUCACAGUUUGUCUUGGGGAUUUUGCUGCCAAUGAGAGUUUUGGAGUAGAAGAUAUUGAACUGACUUUGAAGAAUAUGGGAGCCAAUCACCCAGCACAACAUAAGAUUAAGGUUGAUACUACUCAUUUCUUGUGUACUCGUGAAAACAAGCAAAAUCCAGAAUAUUUAAAGGCCAGUGAAAUGAAUAUCCCAAUUGUUAGACCAGAAUGGUUGAAGGCUUGUGAAAGGGAAAGAAGAAUUGUUGGAGUAAGAGAUUUCUAUGUGAAAGAUUGUGUUUUACCUGAUUUAUUUGCAAAGAAUUAUUGGGGUAAGGUUAAUGGUGUAGAGAAGGAAUCACUCCCACAACUUCCAGUCGAAACUUCCAAUGAAAAUGUUGAGAAUAAUCAUCCUGAAAUUCCUGAAAUUGUAGAGACUGCACCAGAGGAAGAAAAAGAGAAGGAAGAGGCAAAAGUAGAUCCAAAGGAAGAAUUGACUGAAGAUCCAAAGGAAGUUCCAAAGGAAGAAUUGAAUGAAGAUCCAGAGGAAGCUCCGAAGGAAGAAUUGAAUGAAGAUCCAGAGGAAGCUCCAAAGGAUGAUCCAAAGGAAGAGCCAAAGGAAGAGCCAAAGGAAGAGCCAAAGGAAGAUGUAGAAGUUGCUGAUGUUCAGGAAGAAUUAGAAGCUGUGUCUUUGGAAGGUGAUAUUACUGAACAACACAAUGGAGAUAUUGGUAUUGCUGAUGAUAUUCCAACGGAAGAAACCAUUGAAGUAUCUGAGCCUAUUCAAGAUAUUGUUGAACCUGAAGAGCAAGACGUAACAAAGGAUUUAGCUGAAACUGCAGAAUCACCUACUGAUGAGCCAGUGCUUGAAACUUCCGUUGAGGAACCAGAAAGUUUGAAAGAAGUAAAAAUAGACGAAGUUUCUAAACCACUUGAGUCUGAAAAUGGAGAAGCUGGUGAAGAUGAGGAAGAAGUAGAGGAGGAGGAGGAAGUAGAGGAGGAGGAAGAAGCUUCAACAACCAUUCCUGAUGAUAAAAAGGAAAUAAAUUCAACUCAAGGUGAAAUCAAGAAAAAUAAGAAGAAUAAUAAGAAGAAGAAGGGAAAGAAAUAA